AAAUACAGCUAGCUACCUCUCAAUUUGGGUUACAGCUGCUAUUGAUUGUUAUGGUGGGUCGCACCACACUCUAACAAUUCUCUGAUCCCCGGAGACACCACCACCAUAAACACUGUCUCUCCCACCACCACCGUUCACUUUCUGACACAAAAUUCUCCGCCAUCGUUCGUUCGUUGUCAAAACUCAAACUGGGUUCGUUUUGUUUUUCUCUGCUUUUGUCUUCAUUUUUUGUUUUACUUUUGAUUUUGAGGUUUUUAAGGAUUUUGAAGUUUUUAAGGUUGAACUGUUGAAGUCAAAGGUUUUGUCAGUCGUGUUGUGUUUUUGUUUUUUGGGAUUGGCGUGGCGGCGAUUGAAUUUUCUCGGGAAAAUCCUGGUGGUGACGGCGUUUCGUUUGGCUGGUCGGAAAGUGGGAAGAAAGAGACGGUGGUGGUGGUGAGAGUGGGGGGAGUUUGCUGAAUUCGAUGAAGACAGAAACUUUGGUGGAAAAUAAUUCUGGGAAAUGAAGGGCACUCAGAAAAGUGACAUGUUUUUGGUGUGGAAUUGAAUUUUUUUGAGUGGAGGGUGGUAAUUUAAUGCUAGCUGUGAAUUGAACAUACCCUAUUGAUUCUUGUAUUGAAGGGAGGCAUCGGAGAACCACAUUGAUUUACCAAAUUGCAAGGGGGUUAGUUGGUUGCUACUCUUUCUCUUCCAAAGCUUCAGUCUCUAGGUUCCUGCAGAGUAUUGUGCGAUCAGAUUAGUUUCUUUGAUUGAAAACGGUCAAAAUAGCAUUGGUUGUUGCAGCAAAGAAAGUUCACCCAUGUAUUUAAAUAUAAAUACAGCAUGAAACUAGAAGGUGAACUGUCUUUCUUCCCAACAAAGAACGGCCUCGUGCCUGAGUCUGAAUUGCCUGAGUUCAAUGACAAUGAUCAAAACUCUGCUGGAUACAAAUCACAAAACCAGAAAGUGAAGGAAUAUGAUAAUAAGCUCCCUCUUUAUUUAAUGGAGAAUAAACUAGUUUUAGAUCCAUCACCAUUUGUCAAGGAGUCAGCAGAUUGCAUGACUACACCAAAACUUGAUUUUCGUAACCGCGUGAUGGAUUUGAAAUAUGAUUAUGAAGCACAGAUGCUUGAGUUAAUGGAGCCCUUAUCUCAUUCUUCCAAGGAUAUGGAGUCUAUCAAGUUUCCAAAUGACAAGCAAGCAGUUAAAGAAUCCCCUGCUUCACCAAAAUCUAGUCCUCUGGAGGAAAUGGAUUCACGCGAGAAUUCGGGGGAUGACUGUAUGGACAAAACUGUUACAGAAUAUGAACCAGAAAGGGUAGUUCGUUGCAAAGAGAGCAAUUGCCAUGCUGUGAAGGAUAUCUGUGUUGAUGAAGGAGUCCUUAACAAGCAUAAGAUCAUGUUUGAGAAUAGUAUUGAUGAAAAGUCUUACAAUUUUUUCCCUCUUGGGAGUUUUGAAAAGAUAGAAAAGCAGAAAGAAAACACUGGUAUCAAUGUACUAAAUCUAGCGGAAACAGAGGAGUCUGACCAGGUUUUAGUGAAUCAUGCUCAAUCCAAGGAAUUAAUGCGCAAAGACGAAGAUAUGACUGAAAAUGUUAUUGGUAAUGUCAAUGAAGAGAUGGUUUUACCCGAAGACAAGGUUUCUAUACCUUCUGAUGACGAGGGGGAACAGAUUUCAAGUGAACCUGAAUUGCACCCUGAGUCCGGAGAGUUGAAAAAUAAGGGCGAGGAAGCAGUGAUGGGAAGUCUCUCUUUGGUUCUAGCAGCUAAUGAAUCAAACAGUGAUAGCAUUGUUCUGGUGAAUGAAAGCAGCACUUAUCAGUUUGAUUCUUCAGCUCCUGAAGAUUGUGGCAGAAAGGAAUGUCACCAAUUUGCUGAAACUCAACAUACAUCUAUGCUUGUUGAGGCCGAUGAUCAGGCUUUUACAACCGAGAUUCGACACAGCUUAGGCGAGUCAAGUUUCUCAGCUGUAGGCCCUGUACUUAGUCAUAUAAGUUACUCAGGCUCGAUACCAUAUUCUGGUAGCAUCUCUCUUCGAUCAGACAGCAGCACAACCAGCACUCGGUCCUUCGCGUUUCCAGUAUUGCAAAAUGAAUGGAAUAGCAGCCCAAUCAGAAUGGCAAAAGCUGACAGGAGCCGGUACCCAAAGCACCGCAGUUGGAGGGAGAGGCUUCUUUGCUGUAAAUUUUGAGAGAAUAUUUUCUUCUCUUAUAGGUUUAGAAUUCAUAUAUAUCAUUUAAACUCAACCGUCAUAUGCAUAUACAUCUUCCUAACUGUUCACAGUGUGCAUUAGGUUUAGAAUACCUACUGCACAGUUUAAGUUUAUCAUGUUUUAGAAUGCUCAGGCAAGUAAAAGGUAUUGUUGUACCUUUUGCUUGUGUUUACCUUUCUCAUUGCCCUCAUAUGGUUUCAUAGAUCUUUUUUUUCUCAA